GGUUGUCCUGCUCCGGCCACGCGGAACUACAGUCACAAGUGAAACAUGUCCCACGGCAGCUACAAACCUGUGGACCGUGUCAUUUUUGACAUGGAUGGAUUGUUAUUAGACACCGAGCGACUUUACACCGUGUCCUUCCAGGAAAUAUGUGACCGGUUUGGAAAGCAGUACACAUGGGACGUGAAGACGUCAGUGAUGGGGAAGAAGGCUCUGGAUGCUGCCCAGAUGAUCCGUGAUAGGCUGCAGCUCCCCAUGACAGCUGAGGAGCUGCUUGCUGAAAGCAGACAAAUACAAGAAAAGAUCUUUCCCUCUGCUCAACUCAUGCCAGGUGUGGAGAAACUUGUGCGUCAUCUGCAGAAGCACAAAAUCCCCACUGCAGUGGCAACCAGCUCAGCCGGCGUGACGUUCAAAUUGAAGACGAGUCAACACAAAGAGUUCUUCGCUGUCUUUGAUCACAUUGUCCUGGGUGACGAUCCAGAUGUGAAGAAUGGCAAACCUCAGCCGGACUCCUUCCUGGUGUGUGCCGGCCGGUUCAAUCCCCCAGCUCCUCCGGAGAAGUGCUUGGUGUUUGAAGAUGCUCCCAAUGGUGUAAAGGCAGCACUGGCAGCAGGAAUGCAGGUGGUCGCGAUUCCCGAUGACAACCUGGACCGCAGCCUUAUCCAGGAGGCUACGCUGCGACUAAGGAGUAUGGAGGAGUUUGAGCCGGAGCUCUUUGGCCUGCCAGCAUAUGACUGAAAUGGCUCAUACCCCAGCACGUAAUUCAGGAAGCUAGUAACCAUUGUUAAUUGAUUGGUUGUUAAACAAUAACUUCAUAAAUGAGUAAACUAUUAGUAAAUGGAUGGGCACCGUAAAUCUGCAAAUGUAAAUCUGUAUUACACCUACACAUCUUACUUACUAAAAAGUUGAACCUGAUGGUUCUAAUCUUUGUUCCAAAGGGAACCGUUCAGCUUAGGGUGGUGGUGAUGUAAACUACGUCAUGUGACUCGUCUUAUUAUCGUACUCCUGUUAUCGAAAGGCUCAUUUGAACCGUACAAAAAUCUAAUAAAGAAAACAUCAGCAGUUUGAGUUGAGCCAUGUUCAGGUUCUUCACUGUCACCUGUAAAAUACCCAGAGUAGCAGGCACAUUGGCCCUUAUUCAAUGAUGCACAAUACAAACACACACGCACAAGUAAUUGUCUUACAUUCGUUAGGUGACUUUUUAAUCUGAUAAUUUAAUUUAAUAAUGAAUGGUUAAUAUUAGCGUCGGUGCUGUUAUCCCGAAGUAUAUAUCCUCAUAUUAUGAACUGUAGCUUCUCGGAGGAGUCACUGGAAAAGCUUCAGAUGCAGGUCUGUCAUUCUAACACAGUAUCACCUUUUGUGGUCGUCUGGAUGUGGACACAUCGCGAAGUUGAAGUUGUUCUUGUCAUACACUUCGUCUAAGAUGCCUUUUUGAAAUGUCAGAGACAAUCCUCCUCUGCUCAGUGUGAUCCAGUGAAGAGGCUGUGAGUCGUCCUCACUCCUGAACUGACUCCAUCUGCUUGCAGAGCAGGCUUUAAUGGGGGAACCCUGGAGCAGGCUGGAGCAGGCUGGAGCCGCAGCUCCUCAGUCUACUCCCAUCGACUCCCCUUUCAUAGCCUCACAUCCUCAACAACAAGGUCGUCUCAGCUGUUUUUUUCUUCUGUGCUUGUUGCUUACAGAGUCGUCACUGUCUCUGGGCCUGAAAUGUGAUUGUUUCAUUUUCUGUGUGUCUUCAUUUCUUGUUUCCAGCAAGGCAAAGGUGUUUUUUUACAUUUUGUUUCCAAAAGAAUUAUGCCUGAAAAAUAAUACCUGACUUCAUUUUCUCCACCUUCCUUAAAUGAAUAAAUAAAUCCUAUGACAAA